GUCAUUCUGUCUCUGAGUUUCCCUCCCAGACCUUCCUCCCUCCCCUUUCUUUCCCUCCCUGCCUCCUGCACUCUCCCCUCUCUCUCACUCUCUUUGCAUGUGUCAUUUUACUGCUCUUUACUCAGCCCGCCAGCAGCAGUCUGUCCUCAUCACUCCUUGUCUUUAGAUCUCCUUGCUCGGUCCACUGUCGUGCCAUUUGUCGCCAGGAAGGGAAAGCGGUGGAAAAUUCCUAUUCUCUCAGGCUGGAUUCACUUGUUUUCACCAAUGGAUGGAGUUUAUUCCCAAGCGCACACAGUGACUUCUUGAAAACUUCACAGGCUGUGCUGUGUGUUCCUCCUGGAGUUUGCAAGAGGAUGGAGCAGCGUGGAAACGCAGGGGUGGAAGUGGAGAGCCCCAGCCGUCAGGACAGCGCCAGCCCAGAGGAGAUGGGGGAGAAAGGGGAAAGUCCCACUUCCAGCGGUGGUCUUCAGUGCAAGCUGAGCCGUAUGGAGGUCAAUGGCAGCCCAACAAACCCACGAACCCGACAGAACUGCACACCGCUGAGACCACUUGGAGGUUUGAUGAUCCCAGUCUACUGUGUGGUGGAGCAUGCAGACAUGGGAAUGGCAGGCAACUGUGAGGGGCGUAGCGACCGCCACGCCGAGUUUGUGUUGGUUCGUAAAGAUGUCCUGUUCACACAGCUGGUAGAGACGGCACUGGUUGCUCUUGGAUACUCGCAUAACUCAGCUGUGCAGGCACGAGGGAUCAUUAAAGUGGGCCGGUGGAAGCCGAUGCCCAUCCACUACCUAACAGAUGCUCCGGAGGCCACGGUAGCGGACAUGCUGCUGGAUGUUUACCACAUGGUCACACUGCGGAUCCUACUGCACAGCUUUGCCCGGCUGGAGGAGCUGCCAUCAGACCAGUGGACCCACGCCACCGUGAGAAACGCCCUCAAAGAGCUGCUUAGAGAGACCAACCAGAGCGCUCUGGCAAAGGAGUGUCCUCUCUCCCAGAGUAUGAUCUCAGCAAUCGUCAACAGUUCCUACUAUGCCAACGUCUCCACCUCCAAGUGCCAGGAGUUUGGACGCUGGUACAAGAGAUACAAACGCAUCAAAGGUGAAUACAUUGAAAAGAUGUGGUCGUCACAGGAGAAGUCGGAUAUAAAAGUGGAGCGGGAUUUGGACCUGAGCAUCCUCAGCCAUCGUCCUCCCUCUCUCUUGCCCUCUCCCACCCAUUUGGGCACCCUGGGUGGGUCCGGAGUUCAUUCCCUCAAGAGUGGCCUCGGGGACACUCAGACCUCAACCCAGCCUCAUGGCCUGCCUCACCCUAGUGGACAGAAUCACCCCAGUCCUCCACUUCGUCCACAGGCUCCACCUCUCCUGGGCCACAGCGGGCUCCUGCCUCCCCAACUCCCCCCUCAACUUGUACGUCAACAGCUCGCGAUGGCCCACCUCAUCAACCAGCAGCUGGCUGUUAGCCGCCUGCUUGCCCACCAGCACCCACAGGGAGUCAACCAGCAGUUCCUCAACCAUCCUCCUAUUUCACGGAGCUGCAAGAUCUCCGGGGCUGUUUCUGAGCCCAGCCUCAACUCCGGGGCCGAAGUCUCCUCCGACAUUUACCAGCAGGUCAGGAAUGAGCUGAAGAGGGCCAGCGUUUCCCAGGCUGUGUUUGCCCGUGUUGCCUUUAACCGCACACAGGGCUUGCUGUCAGAAAUCCUCCGUAAGGAGGAGGAUCCUCGCUCUGCCUCUCAGUCUCUGCUGGUCAACCUGAAAGCCAUGCAAAACUUCCUUAACCUGCCUGAGAGCGAGCGAGACCGGAUCUACCAGGAGGAGAGGGAGAGGAGUACCAGCACUAACCACAACCAUUCCACCAACCACAUCUCCAGUGCCAACACACACAGACACGCACAGACAAAAUGCAGCAUGCCCGGCCCGGAGCUGCAGAUAAAGCUGGACUCGCUGGUAAACAUCACAUCAGGGAUCUAUGAGGAGAUCCAGCAGGAGAUGAAGAGGGCGAAGGUCUCCCAAGCUCUGUUCGCUAAGGUGGCUGCUAAUAAAAGUCAGGGUUGGCUAUGUGAGCUGCUAAGAUGGAAAGAGAGCCCAAGCCCUGAGAACCGCACAUUGUGGGAGAACCUGUGUACCAUCAGGAGGUUCCUGGCAUUGUCACAAGCCGACCGAGAUCAGGUGUAUGAAGAAGAGUCGAGACAGCAGCACAGCGACAGGCUGCACACCGUCCUGCACAUCUCAGAGCCGCAGACCCUCCACAGGCAGCCCCUGCCACCUCUAAUGGCUCCAUCCCCAAUUCAUGAUGAACCCCAGCCCAUCCCCCCGCCAGCGCUGCAAAGCUCAGAAGAUGGGCCUCAGCGCGGGGUGAGCCCUGGCCUCGGAGGUGGAGGAACAAAGAAGGCCCGGUCACGGACAAGGAUUUCUCUGGAGGCCCUGGGAAUCCUUCAGAGCUUUAUUGGCGAUGUGGGACUGUACCCGGACCAGGAAGCAAUCCACACCCUGUCAGCCCAGCUAGACCUGCCCAAACACACAAUCAUCAAGUUCUUCCAGAACCAGCGCUACAAUGUUAAGCACCACAGCCAGGCCAGAGAGCCUACCGCUGGGGAGGAUGACAGGGAGAGCUCCAGUCCCAGUGAGGGAGGUGUCUGCACAAUCGAGGGCAGAGGAGGGGAAGAGGCUCUCUCCCCGUCUGAGGAGUCAAGUGAGGACGGGAGAGGAUCAGUGGAAGUGUUCAGAACAGAAGGAGGAGAUGUGGGAGGAGAAAGUGAGGUGGAAAUGGAGGUUGAGAAGGAGGAAGGGGAUGAUGCAAAAGCUUCAGGGCCAGUAGCUUCCUCUCUGUCCCCUUACAGCAGCGUGGACAGCCCCCAGUCUGCAGAGCAACAGAGAUAACAGCAGAGACCACACACAGACAACCUGUGAAUAAACACAAUUUUGUCAUCACCUUUAAUAGAGCUGAUGAUCAGAGCUCUCUAAUAUCUGAAAAACUUGGGAAAAGUAUUUAUGGAUGGUUUGGACUAGAGUCCACCUACCUUCAGAGCCAGUGUUUUUGGUUUGUAAAACAGUGUUUGGGACAACGCUCAGUGCCACUGAGAGAAAAUGCUUUUCAGUUAUGCCAUGGUUUUUGUUUUGAGGUUGGGGAAAAGGCUCCAUAGGACAACACGUCUUUGAAAAUCAGAUUUAUUUAAUUCUUUGAGUCGUUUUCCACUUUUUGACAGGAUAAAAAAGAAAACACUCAAGCCUUCUACAUCUUAGACUGCAUUUACAACACAGCCCACUUACUAGCUCUCCAAGUACAUUUCCAACAGUUUUAGCAAAGAAUGUGCAUCUUCUUUGUCUGCUGUCGAUAAAAUGCAAUAAAUUUUGUAUUUGCUGUACUGUUUUGAUAAAAGGUGCAUAUACGGUUUGUAUAAAGUGAUUGAGUGCAUGUUGCCCCUCUUAAAUCCAACCCCAUAAACACAUAACUGCAGGGAUAGAGGCUUACAGCAGGUCAGAGGAGCAAACUCUUACAUGCCUUCAGGUUCAGGUUACAUGCACUUACAUUGGGACCAAGGAUAAACGGCACGGCACUGAACUGCAUUCGCCUUUUAGAAAUACAAGCAUGCAGGGAAAAAAUACUAUAACCUCUUAUUUUCUGAUUUUUUUUUUCCUUCUAGAUAUAAUGUUUUUGUGUUGUCCUUAAAAUUAUUUUGGAGAUCCCUGCAUUGACUUGUCUGUAUGUGAAACUCAAAAAAAGCCAGUUCACACUUUGCUCCUUUUACUAUUUAUUACCAGCUUUGUAUUUACUUAAAUCUAAGUAUUAUUGUUGUAAUUACAUUUUCUUUUCUUUGCAAUGACUACAGAUGUCUUUGUAAAUGGGACUAAAACAUGCCAAGAGGACCUUUGGACUGUUACACACUCAACAUUCAACUUUUUCUUUGGCUGAAAAGGAAAAUAACUGUUUCUUUUUUUCUUUCUUUUUUUUUGGACAUUUAUGUACGUUAUGAUGUAAAUGUUGGUGAUCCACCUGCAAAAGUGAAUCUGCCAUUAAACUGGGA